AUGAGAGGAGGCAGUGGCGGCGCCUCGCGCCUUGCUACCGACUUUCCCUGCAUCGCGUCAUGGUCCCGCGAUGAUUUGUCGGCUAUAGCGGACAAUACGGAUGCGGCUCUGACGGAUGCGGCUGUGCAUGCACUGCCCGACGUACAGGCAUGGGCCAAGGCGCAUGCCGCCCUUCUGGAAGAGGUGGAGCGUGCCGCAGCGCGCAAUGAAGCACGUCGGCCUGAGCUAGAGUCGUUGCGUAGCGAGACGCGUCGUGCGUACGAGCAUGCGCGCACGCUGCAGGCUCAAUGGCCCGCGGUGGAACGCGCGCUGCACGAGGCCCGCAAGCGGUUCAUGCCGUUUGCGAUGCAGUCGCAGCUCCAAAUGGCAGCGAACCAGCUGCAUGACGAAAGCGAGGCCUUCGCGAAUGCAUACGUCGAGGGUCUCACGCCUAUGGAUGAUACCGUCUUUGUGCGCCAGUACCUCGACCUCCGCACACGCCACCACGUACACAGCAUGCUGCAGGAGCAGUGCGCCCAGCGACGAGUCCAAUGGCAGGCGUGA